AUGAUCAACGUUGGUAAGACCGCGGUUACGCUGAGCAACGGCGUCAAUAUGCCGCAGUUUGGCCUCGGUGUGUGGCAGUCCCCGGCCGGCGAGGCGACCGAGAACGCCGUCAAGUGGGCGCUGCAGGCCGGUUACCGCCACAUCGACACAGCCGCCAUCUACAAGAACGAGGAGAGCGUCGGAGCUGGUCUGCGUGCCUCCGGUGUGCCACGCGAGGAGGUCUUCAUCACGACGAAGCUCUGGAAUACAGAACACGGCUAUGAGAGCACACUGGCAGCCUUCGAGGAGAGUCGCAAGAGGCUCGGCGUUCAGUACAUUGACCUCUAUCUCAUCCAUUGGCCGCGCGGCAACGCAAUCCUGUUAAAGGAGGGCAAGAAGUACCUGGACUCGUGGCGUGCAUUCGAGAAGCUCUACGCGGAGAAGAAGGUCCGGGCCAUCGGUGUGUCGAACUUCAACAUUCACCAUCUGGAGGACGUGCUCGCCAUGUGCUCUGUACCGCCGAUGGUCAACCAGGUGGAGCUUCACCCGCUGAACAACCAAGCUGAGCUGCGGGCCUUCUGCAACGCCAAGGGGAUCAAGGUUGAGGCUUGGUCACCGCUAGGCCAGGGCAAUCUGGUCACUCACCCUCUCCUCAUCGCGAUUGGUGAAAAAUACAAGAAGACAGCGGCGCAAGUAAUGCUCCGCUGGGACAUCCAGCACGAUCUCAUCACGAUCCCCAAGUCGGUUCAUAAGGACCGUGUCGAGGAGAACGCGAACAUCUUCGACUUUGAGCUCAGCGCCGAGGACAUGGCAAAUAUCGACGCGCUCAACUCGAACGUGCGCUACGGCCCCAACCCUGAUGAGGCGCAGUUCUGA